AGUCCAAACACGUAUGAACGGUUGCAUGAUUAAUAAUAACAUCGACUCAGGUUUCUUCCCAAUUAGCACUUGGCAUCAUUCAUAAAAACAACGUUAACCUUCAUAUCGUUUCAUUUCAAUAAAACUCUUCAAAGAUUCACAAUUUACAAUAAACAAGAUGAAUUUAAUUCUUCAACUUCUUCUUGUAACUCCUCUAAUACUAUUUUUACUCAUCUAUAUUUAUUACAAACGAUCUUUUACUUACUGGGCGAGAAAAAAUAUACCAGUAAUCAAUAAACCAACGAUUCCAUUUGGUAAUUUAUCAAGUUCAAAAGAUGGCGUGGAUUUCUCAAAAUUUUUCCAAGAUCUUUACACAGAAUUAAAAUCUAAAAAUAUUCCGUAUUGCGGGUUUUACAUUGGUCCAUUUCCAAAUUUGUUUGUAGCCGAUUUAGAUUUACUUAAAUCGAUGUUAACGAAAGAUUUUAAACAUUUUAUGAGUCAAGGAAAUUGGGUUGAUGAAAAAGCAGAUCCGUACAGCGCAAAUUUAUUUUUUAUGGAUGGUGAAAAAUGGAAGGAAAUGAGACCUAAACUCAGCCCAUGUUUCACAUCAGGUAAAAUGAAAACGAUGUUUCCUUACAUGAUGAAGUGUGGAAAUUUACUUGGAGAACAUGUUCAUGAAGCUUGCAUAGAAAACAGAUCGAUUAAUAUCAAAGAAGUUCUUGGAAUUUAUAUAGCGGAAGUUUUAGGAAGUUGUGUUUUUGGUUUACAAUGUAAUAGUUUCGAUAAUUCUAAAUCAGGAUUCAUCGAAGCUGGACAUAAAGCUUUUAAAGCCGGGCCUAGAUUAGCUUUAAGAAGAAUUUUAACUUAUAUCUCGCCUAAAUUAAUUUCUUUAAUUAAAUUAACAUUUUUCCCCGAAGAAGUUACUGGAUUUUUUCGAAAAAUAAUCGACGAAGUUAUUGCUUAUAGAGAAACGAAUCAGGAGAAGAGAAACGAUUUAAUGCAGGUUUUACUGGAAAUGAAAAAAGAUACCAAAUUUUCUGUAGAAAACCUUUCAGCUCAAGCAAUUGGCUUUUUUGCAGCUGGUUUUGAAACUUCUGCUGUUACAACCACUUUUUGUCUUUAUGAAUUAGCUAGAAAUCCAGAUAUUCAAGAAAAACUUAGGAAAGAAAUUUGGGAGUGUUUAAAUAAAAAUGAAGGAAAAUUUAGUUAUGAUGGAAUUGUUGAAAUGAAAUAUUUGGAUAAAAUAGUUAAUGAAACUUUAAGACUUUAUCCCCCUGGGGGAAUUUUGCAACGUUUAUGUACUGAAGAUUACAUUUUACCUAAUGGGGAAAUUUUGGAAAAAGGUACAGUUAUUAAUGCGAGUCAAAUGGGUGUCCAUAAAGAUGAAGAAUUUUAUCCAAAUCCUGAGAAGUUUGACCCAGAACGAUUUAACGAAGAAAAUAAAUCUAAAAGACCUCACAUGACCUUCCUUACUUUUGGUGAAGGACCUAGAAUUUGUCUUGGAAUAAAAUUUGCUCAUCUACAAAUCAAAAUUGGAAUUAUAUCGAUUUUAAAGGACCAUCAAGUUUCUGUCGAUAACUUCCUUGAAUAUCCCUUAGAAUUUAAAAAGAACGCUAUUUUUUUAACACCCAAAUACGAUAUUUUAUUAAAACUUAAAAAAUCAACUUAAGUUUAUUAGUAUAUUAUGAAGUAGUGUUUAAUAUUAUUAUGUCAUUAUUAUUGAUUAAAAGAUUAUUU